GUCCCCCCAGGGCACAGCUCUUUGGGGCAGGAGGCGGGCACCACCCCUGCCAGGACUCGGGGCGGUGGCAGGCCUCCUCGGGCGAGGACUUGCCAGAGCUGCUGAUUUUGGUGCAGCCCCAGCCAAGGGGGGCAGAGCGGCAUUGGUGCCCUUGCCCCCACAUUCCUUUGGUGUGUCACAGCCCCGUGUUUGGGAGGGCCACCAGCCGGGACUUCUCCCAAGGAGCCCAUGCCAGCUUCUGUGGAGGCCCCGUGCCCUUCCCGCUGUGCCCGCGUUGGCAGCCGAGGGGGCUCCUUCUGCUGCUGUGGGCAGGCACAGCAGGGGAGGGUUUGCUUAGUUUUUGAGCUGGGCCUAAAGUUCAUGUCCAGCUGUCUUAGAUACUUUGGAGAACGGACUCCUUCCGACCUGGGGCAGGUUGGCCGGGCGGGGGGAGGCCCCAGGGCAGGUGGCAGUGUGUCACAGGGCCUUUGUGACACGGUGGGCAUCGCCGAUGGUGUGCGACGGGGCAGGGUGUCACAGGGCCCUUUGUGACACGUCAUGACAUAGUACCGGUGGUGACGUGGCCACGCCUCAGUGCUCCUCGGAGCGUGCGACGGGACGGACGGGACAGAGCGGUGCUGUGCGGAGCCCCCGUGCAGCCAACUCUUUCCUUGUUGACCCGGAGCGUUUUGGAGGCUUUUCUGCGGUGCAAGCGCCCUCGAGGCCAGAUCGCGGGACUUGGUGACGCGGAGCUUUUGCGAGGUGUCUCCAAGCCCUGUGGCGAGUGCCCUUGAGGCCACACCGCAGGACUUGAGAACCCAUACCCUUUCCUCAGCUUUUCUCACAUUCAGUUGCUUUUGAGGCCAGACCGCAGGAUUGGUGACCCGGAAAUUUUCCGAGGAGUCUCCAAUCCCUGCGGCAGGUGGCCUCGCAGGCAGCCUGCAAGACUUGGGGACGCGGAGAUCUUCCGAGGUGUCUCUCUCUUGCAGGUGCCCUGAAGACCAGUCUGCGGGAUGGCAGGAAGACACCUGAGCCUGCUCAGGCCCGUUCAGACAAAGAAGGAAGGCCCUGGGACUGACCCAACACAGCAACCUGAAGAGGUGGAGCAGUCCCAGCCCCUGCAGGAGGAUCCAGGCCGGCACCAGACACCAGAGCAGGACCGUGCCCGGGGCCGCUUCCGCAGGGCAGCACAGGCCUUUGUGAAAUUCUUGAGCGUUCGGCAUAGAAAGUGCAGGAUCACACCAAUUGAGGUCAUGGCGCAGCCUGACCCCACGCCGACCGAGCUCAAGGUUGACCUCGAUGUCGGCACCGCGUCGACCGAUGGCACAGCAAACCGUGACACCGCGGUGACCGAUGACACGACAGCCUCCAACACCGCGCUGCCUGAGCUCACCCCGCAGGCUGACGGUGCAAAGACUGAGGGCAUCGCGGACGCUGACAGCACACCCGUUCAGCACCUGCCCGAUGAUCCCAGUCUGGAGGUUCUUGAAGAGGAAGUUAUCUCUGUGGAAGAAGCCAAGAAACCAGACAGGGGCAUGGAGCGGAGACCUCCCAGGGUGCCCAAGCGGGCGCAGGUGAAGAAAGAGGAGGAAGAAGGCCCUGGGCCUGCCCCCGCACAGCAGCCUGAGAAGGCAGAGCACUUCCAGCCCCUGCAGAAGGAUCCAGGCCGGCGCCGGACACCAGAGCAGGGCCGCACCCGGGGCCGCUUCCGCAGAGCUCAUCAGAGGGUGCGGAAAUCCGUUCCCGUUCGGCGCAGAAAGGCCAGGACCUCACCACCCGAGCUGCUGGCACAGCCUGAGCCCAACCCGACCGAGCUCAAGGCCAAGGCUGACGCCCCAGGGACUGAGGGCAUUGCAGACGCUGACAGCACACCCAUUCAGCGCCUGCCCGAUGCUCCCAGUCUGCAUGUUCCUGAGGAGAGAGUUGUCUCUGCUCAAGUGCCAGCCCUGGUCAGGUCCAUCCACUCGUGGCUGACCUCCAAUGUGUCUGCUGGGCACAUGCUGGAUAAGACCCUUCUAGCACUGACCGAGGCACACCCCGUGGAUGUCGCCAUCACCCUCCUGCGCUGCGCCCCCUCGUGUGACAGAGCUGCUGCAACCAUGUGGAGGACCAUCGCCUCAUCGGGAAGGACACUGCAGAAGGUGCUGCCAACCCUGCUCGACGUGAUGGAGGACUGGCCGUGGUACUACACGGGCACCUCCGAUGGGGACAACACAGACGUCUUUGCCCUGGCUGCAACUCUGGCACUGUGGAUGAUUGUCCAGGAGCCCCAGUGCCCGGGGCCUUUGAUGGACUAUUCCCCCCAUCUCCUCGUGGAUUUGCUCUUCCAAGUCUUCGUCAGCACAGAGCAGACGUCAGAGGAGGUCGACACGUUCUGGAGGGGAUGCCAGGAGCAACACGACCUUCCCACCGACCCCAACAGGUGCUCCAUGCCAGUCCUCCCCUCCCUCCCAUGCCCUCAGGACUGGGGCCAGGGCUCCCAGCGUGACCUGGGCUUUGCUCUGCACACAGGUUUUCAGUGCUGA